GGGACGGCUGCGGCGCUGAGCCCAGGUCUUUGACCUUCGGAAGCAGCCCCCCUUUAUAUCUCGAGCUGGGUCGGCGCACUCCUUUAACCUCCAAGUCUAGUCGCCCAGCUUUCUGGCGCGCGCUCCUCCCUCCCCCAGCACAGGACAGCGGGGGACCGGGUUUGGGGACGACGGUUCCAUAGUUCAUUGCAGUGGCCACACAGAUCUCACAGACAACACUCACAAUGAAGGGCGGUUAUUACGGAUGCUCACAGGUCACCAAUAAUCAAAACCAGCAGACAACAAGGAUACCAUCAUUGAUCCACAGCAACACUUCCCCUCAGCCAGGAGGCUUGGUUUGCUCAAGCCUGAGACACCCCCUUACCUGCAAAGGCGUGGAGGGUGGUACCCCCAAUGUGACAGGCUGCAACCCCAGUGCUGGCCGUGGCCACGGUGCCCGUGGGAGGCAGUGAGCCCAGGAUACGCUUCAGCAGGGCACAAAGGAGGUGAGUGAGAAGCCGAGAGGCAUGCGGACAGCGGACAAGGCUGGCUGGAUCAAGAAGAGUGGGGGGGGCCUCCUGAGUCUCUGGAAGGACCGCUACUUGCUCCUCUGCCAGGCCCAGCUGCUGGUGUACGAGAAUGAGGAUGAACAGAAGUGUGUGGAGACAGUGGAGCUGGGCAGCUACGAGAAGUGCCAAGACCUCCGUGCCCUCCUCAAGCGGAAACACAGGUUUAUCCUGCUGCGGUCCCCGGGGAACAAGGUCAGUGACAUCAAAUUCCAGGCCCCCAGUGGGGAGGAGAAGGAGGCCUGGAUCAAAGCCCUCAACGAAGGAAUCAACAGAGGCAAGAACAAGGCCUUUGACGAGGUGAAGGUGGACAAGAGUUGUGCCCUGGAGCACGUGACACGAGACCGGGUGCGGGGGGGCCAGCGGCGCCGGCCACCUACGAGAAUUCAUCUGAAAGAGGUGGCCAGUGCAGCUUCAGAUGGGCUUUUGCGCCUGGACCUCGAUGUUCCAGACAGUGGGCCACCAGUGUUUGCCCCCAGCGAUGAUGUCAGUGCUGCCCAGCCUCGGGAACCACUCCGGCCCCCCAUGCCCCCCACCAGGCCUUCCCCAGCGCCUGAGAUAACCAGCCCUGGUGACAGCACGGAGCCACCUGUAGGGGAGAGAGCUCCAACCCCUGUCCCAGAGAGCACUGAGACCCUCCCUGUGGACCAAGAGGACUCGGAGACCCCAGAUGGAGAGGACAGGGGCCCCAAGCAGCCCCCCAACAAGGUCCUGCCUGACAAACUGAAGGUGAGCUGGGAGAACCCCAGCUCUGAGGAGGCCCCUGAGAGCACAGGAGCACCCCAGCUGACCUCUUCUGAGAUGUCAGAGGCUGAUCCCAAGGAGGGCAGGAAGGCCCCUGUACCCCCACCCAAGAUCUUAUCGGAGAAACUGAAAGCUUCCCUGAGUGGUAUGGGUUCUUCUGGGCCAGCCCAGCCUCCUGGGGCCCUCGAGAGCUCUGCCCCAGGUCCAGCCCAGGUCUCAGUGAAUGGCGUGGACAACAGCCUGGAGCCUGCCAAACCAUCCAAGGCUAUGGCUGCACCAGGACCCCAGCAGGAGGAUGUGAGCACAUCGCCUGCACCGCCUCUCCAGGACCAGCUGACUCACUUCCAUCCCCGGUGCUCCUCCCUUGGGGACUUGCUUGGAGAGGGCCUGCGGCACCCACGGCUGUAUCGGGCUGAGCUGGAGGUGAAGGUAGCCUCAGAACAGACGGAACAACUGUUAAACAAGGUGCUGGGCAGUGAGCUGACACCUGUGAGCGCUGAGACCCUGCUCAGCCAGGCUGUGGAGCAGCUGAGACAGGCCACUCAGGUCCUGCAGGACAUCAGAGAUUUGGGGGAACUGGGCCAGGAAGCACCAGGGCUCAGGGAGAAGCGGAAGGAGCUGGUGACCCUCUAUAGGAGAAGCGCACCCUAGGGCCUGCCAGGCCACAGGCAAGUCCCUUUGGCCGCCCCAGUCCAUCAAAGCCCAGCCCUGCUGAGAAAUGUGCUUCUGCUCAAGGCUGUGACAGGGCCAGUAGGCAUGCUGGGAUUUGGCCAGGAACUGCACAGACGUCUGGGUGCAUGCCCUUUCCAUCCUGGUCUGGGCAUCCCAGUGGUUCCAGCUGACACCCAGGCCGCUGCUGGACUGUCUGGUCAGGUCUCCAGGCUCUGGGCUGAGGAGCACAAGCGUGGGACCUACCUGCUGUGUGGCGGUUCUGCCACUCCAGGUCCUUGGCACAGCACCUGGGCUCUCUGGGGGAGGUACCAUCUCUGCAACCACCCUGGGUAGUUUACAUUCCUGACUUCUGA